AUGGCCUCGACCGAACAUCGAGCUGAUGCGAUCGAUCCUAGAGCCAGUCUACGAUUCUCAUCCUAUAUCGACCCAUCCACCGGAGCUAGGUUGAAUAGAACCUUCACCCUGCACACCCACGAUGUCGACGGAGCCCAUGGUGAAGAAUCCCAUGUUGACCAUGCGGAUGAUACCACCCCUCUACUUUCAUACCAUGCAAGAUACGAUGGGGAAGCAUCACACCCGCGGUCCCGGUCGAGCAGGUGGAUAGAUCAGACCCGAGACUAUGCGACCAAGACGAGGAAAUUCAUACUCUCAGACACUGGAAAAGCAAUCUUCAAAUGCGCAGUUGCAUAUCUCUUGGGGAGUCUGGCGACUUUCGUCCCUCCCAUCAGUCAACUACUGGGGAAACAAGACUCGAAACAUAUGGUGGCUACUAUCACUGUUUACUUUCAUCCUGCAAGAUCUCUCGGGAGCAUGAUGGAUGCUUUGCUCAUAGCCAGCACGGCCUUUCUGUACACGGCCGUGGUUUCGCUGUUGAGCAUGACUGUCUCUGCCUUCUUCGCUGACACGGUCCAUCUCAUCAAAGUCGGCCAUGCAAUAGUGUUGAUUGUCUUUGUUGGAGGCGCGCUCGGACUGGUCGGUUGGGUCAAACUGAAAAUGAACGAUCCGCUGGUGAAUAUUGGUUGUUCACUCGCCUCGCUGGCUCUGGUCACCAUCCUUACCAAAGAAGGCGCCGUGCAGGCAGGCGACUACUCGGUAGAGAAGAUCUUGCAGAUUCUCAAGAUGGUCGUCAGCGGUGUCAUUGCCACAAUGCUGGUCUCAUUCCUGGUCUUUCCUAUCUCCGCCCGUGCCAAGCUCCGCAAGAAUCUCCUCGACUCUACGGACGCGCUAUCUGACAUGCUGGCCUUGAUUACUAGUAGUUUUCUGUCCGGGGACGAAUCCGAACUUGAGGACAGCGUCCUCUCCAGCGUGACUGAUCGCCACAAGAAGCUCUCCGCGACCUUUGGUCAGGGCUUGAAAGAGUCAAAGUACGAACAUUACUUACUUGGAACUGAACGGCAAGCAUUGAUCGAGACAAAGCUGGCACAUUGCAUUCAAAGAGUCUCGCAAAGUAUUGGAGGCUUGAGGAGUGCGGCGGCCAUGCAGUUCGUUGUUGUCAAGGAGCCCCCUUUCGGUACCGGGACGCGGUCGGCCAAUAUGGCCGGCUAUUCCCCUGCUGUCUUCAAUACCUUCUCCACCGCAGGAAGCAACGUCAAUGACCAGAGUGUGCUGGACUACUUUGACCUCAAUACGCCCGUCGAUGAAAUUCCUGCAGAGCGUCCUCCUCAUGACCAAAAGCCUUACCGUACCCCUGCCCAGAUAUUUGAGCUUUUUAUCCAAAAUCUUGGGCCGUCCAUGAGAUCUCUUGCAUUUACACUGAAGGAGAUUUUAGACGAUUUCCCUUUUGACGCCUCCAACCACUAUGCAGUGGUGACGAACCCAAAGUUCAAGGUCAGCCUCGAUCGUGCACUGGAUCUGUACAAGAGUACUCGGAAAGAGUCCCUUGGCAUCAUCUAUGGACAGAAGGAUAUGGACAGAGCCCGCCCGCUUCCCAUACAAGCCGACUGGGAAGAUGCUGCGGCCUGUUGCGGCCAUUUCUCCUUCUCUCUUGUUCAAGUCGCCGAGUCCAUCAGGGACUAUUUGCUGAUACUGGACGAACUGCAGCUUGAAGUCGAUGAGAAUCCCGUGGGAAGAACUUGGACCUGGUUGAAGUUUUGGCAACCCGCCCAUGAAGUGUCACAUCUCGAUGGCCUCGAUCCCGACUUUGUCGAGAUACUUGACAGGGCCAAUGACCUCAAUCUUCAGAUCAACGCCGCUUCGCUCAAGGUCCCCAACAUGUACGCCCAACCGGUAUGGCCUGAGCGAUCCAGAUUCAAGCAAAAGUUGUUUCAAAUUUUCUACGACGCGGCCUUCUUCUUCCGCCGGGACGAUAUCAAAUUCGCAAUCAAAGUCGGACUGGGAGCCAUGCUAUAUGCCUCGAUAAGCUUCAUACCUGCCACCCGGCCAUUCUACUCCCACUGGCGUGGAGAAUGGGGUUUAGUGACGUACAUGUUGGUGUGCAGCAUGACGAUAGGAGCGUCAAAUACCACUGGCUAUUCUCGCAUCCUCGGAACAUGUCUAGGCGCUGUACUCGCCAUCGCUGCAUGGGAGAUAUCCCAGGGUGACCCGUUCGCCAUGGCGUUCUUUGGCUUCUGCAUGGCAUACUGGACGGCAUACAUCAUCAUCGGGAAGGGCAAAGGGCCCAUGGGCCGCUUCAUCAUGCUCACCUACAACUUGAGCGCGUUAUACGCCUACAGCAUCAGCGCGCUCGACGACGAUGACGACGGCGAUGAAGAAGACUCCAAGAACAACCCUCUGAUAUUUUCUAUCGCCGGACACCGGGUCGCCGCCGUGAUAUCGGGCUGUCUGUGGGGCCUGAUCAUCACGCGAGUCGUGUGGCCCAGCUCGGCGCGCCAGAAACUGAAAGAUGGCAUCUCGCUGCUCUGGCUGCGCAUGGGACUCAUCUGGAAGCGCGACCCCUUGUCGACACUCACCGGCGAGAUCUCUACACACCGAUACAUGCACCUGCGCGAGGAAUUCUCUCUGCAGCGCUUCCUCUCGUCGCUGCAAGGGCUGGCGGACGCGUCGAAAUCCGAGUUCGAACUGCGCCGGCCGUUUCCCCACGCCACGUACGCGCGCAUCCUGCGCUCGACCGAGGAGCUCCUGGGCGCCUUCCACGCCAUGAACGAGGUGAUCCUCGUCGAUCCGCGCGCCACCCCGGGCGAAGAACACCUCUUGCGUGCCACCGCCCAGGAGCGUGCCCAGCUCUGCGGCCGCAUCAGCCAUCUCUUCAAUGUGCUCGCCUCGUCCAUGAAGCUCGAGUACGCCAUUUCCGGUGACGCGUUGCCGAAUAUCGAACAUACCCGCGACAGAUUGCUGGCCAAGGUCUUUGCGUACAGGCGCAGUGAUGCAGCCGAGCAGAAGACUACUGACGAGGAUUAUAGUCUGCUGUAUACUUAUGCCCUUGUUACGGGGCAGUUGAGUCUGGGGAUCCAACGGGUGCUCGCUGAUGUGGAGGAGUUGUUUGGGGUCCUGGAUGAGGAGGCGUUACGCUUGGAUUGA